UCCGCGGUGGAAGCGGCGCGAACAGUAAGGGGCCAGCGGAUGGCUCUGCGGGGCCUGGCAGGCUCGGAGCCCAGCUCCCGCGGGCCGUUGGAGGAAGCGGUGGAGGCGGCGGAGGAGCGCGAGGCACCGGUCCCGGUGGCGGCGGCAGUGGCACCGGAGGACGAUGAAGAGGACGACGGCCGCGGCCUGCUGCGUUGGGAUGGCUUUUCGGCCUGGCUGCACUGCGUGUGUGUGGUGGGCUUCGACCUGGAGCUGGGCCAAGCCGUGGAGGUAAUUUAUCCUCAACAUUCUAAACUUACUGAUAAAGAAAAAACCAAUAUUUGCUAUUUGUCUUUUCCAGAUUCAAAUUCAGGUUGUCUUGGAGAUACCCAGUUUUGUUUUAGAUUUCGACAGUCUUCUGGGAGGAGGGUGUCACUGCAUUGUUUCCUGGAUCAGUUUGACAAAGAUUUACCCGUUUACUUAAAGGAUCCUGCUUAUUUUUAUGGAUAUGUGUAUUUCCGACAAGUUCGAGACAAAACUCUAAAGAGAGGCUACUUUCAGAAGUCCUUGGUUUUGAUCAGCAAACUACCUUAUAUUCAUUUUUUUCACACUGUACUCAAACAGAUAGCACCAGAGUAUUUUGAAAAGAGCAAACCUUAUCUGGAAGCAGCUUGUAAUGAUGUUGAUCGAUGGCCUGCACCAGUCCCAGGGAAAACAUUAUACCUCCCUAUUAUGGGAGUGGUAAUGAAGGUACGGAUUCCCACAUGUCAUGACAAACCUGGGACAACCCAAAUAACUGAGCAGGCAGACACACACAUAUCUGUUAUUUUACCUACUGUUCAUGAGGUGGAUCUUUUCAGGUGUUUCUUUCCAGUUUUCUUUCAUAGUCAGAUGCUUUGGGAGCUGGUGCUAUUGGGGGAGCCACUGGUGGUCAUGGCACCAUCACCUUCAGAGUCUUCAGAAACUGUAUUGGCACUUGUUAACUGUAUUUCUCCAUUGAAGUACUUCAGUGACUUCCGACCUUAUUUCACUAUUCAUGAUAGUGAAUUCAAAGAAUAUACUACCCGUACUCAAGCCCCGCCCUCAGUCAUUUUAGGAGUAACCAACCCUUUUUUUGCAAAAACACUUCAGCACUGGCCACACAUUAUUCGAAUAGGAGACCUUAAACCAGCCGGUGAAAUUCCUAAGCAAGUUAAAGUGAAAAAAUUGAAGAACCUAAAGACUUUGGAUUCUAAACCUGGAGUUUAUACUUCUUAUAAGCCAUAUCUAAAUAGAGAUGAAGAGAUCAUAAAACAAUUACAGAAGGGUGUACAACAGAAACGUCCUUCUGAGGCUCAAAGCGUUAUUCUGCGACGCUAUUUCUUGGAACUGACACAAAGUUUCAUCAUUCCAUUAGAAAGAUAUGUAGCAAGUUUGAUGCCUUUGCAGAAAAGUAUUUCUCCAUGGAAGAGUCCACCCCAAUUAAGACAAUUCCUUCCGGAAGAAUUUAUGAAAACACUUGAGAAAGCAGGACCUCAGUUGACCUCUAGAAUAAAAGGCGAUUGGAUUGGACUUUACCGGCAUUUUCUAAAAUCCCCAAAUUUUGAUGGUUGGUUCAAGACCCGGCGGAAGGAAAUGACCCAGAAAUUGGAGGCACUCCAUCUAGAAGCUCUUUGUGAAGAGGACUUACUUCUAUGGACGCAGAAACACACAGAAGUAGAAACAGUAGAUCUUGUAUUGAAGCUAAAAAGCAAGUUGUUGCAGGCUGAUCGAGAGCAUUUACCUGUGAAACCCGAAACUGUGGAAAAGUUACGGACACACAUAGACGCAAUUAUCUUAGCAGUACCAGAAGACCUACAAGGCAUACUGCUCAAAACGGGCAUGACAUGAUAUUUGCCAGGAUUUUCCAGCCAGAAAGGACUGAAUGUGCAUCAUGAAGCAUACUGACAUUUUAACUGGACGCACAAAGGAGAUCUCCUGGAGUGGAAAAUAGCCGUAAAUGCUAGCUACAGGGUGGAAAGACUAUACUGACUUUUUUAGUGCAUUAUUUUAAAAAAUGGUAUCUGUGGUGGUUCCACUUUAAUACUGAAACACUGAAAGGCAUUUCUAUAUUUUUAAUCAUGUUCUAAAGUGCUCUUAUGAGAGACCUGUGGGGCCAUCAGUUAUAAGUGAUUCCAAACUGCAGUGCUGGCAUUGCAAUAUUUUUUUAAAUUGGUGCUGUUUUGCCCAAUCAUGUUAAAACUCAGGGGGAUAUAAAAAUAACAUUGACACUGGCUACCUUCUUCAGAAGAAGGAAAAGACUGAACUGUCUGACUGUAGUUAGAAGUAAUUAAUGCUUUUGUAGUGCCUUCCGUUGUCCUACAUGUUUCACAAAACCCAGCUGCUAGUCUUGAAGCUUUUUCUUAACUUGAUUAUGAUAUGUAAUUAUAUAAGGCAUACUUUUACAUAAUA